AUGGACGCCCAACUGAGACCCCUCUUCGAAGCGGCCGUGAAGGAGAAGAAAUUGGCUGGAGCUGGGUACUUCAUCGUCGACAGGAAAGGUGACUUCCUGUCAAAGGGAGCAUUCGGCACAACUCAUCUUCAAGAUCCCGACGCCGCCCCAUUUGACCUCGACACCACGGUGCCCCUGUUCUCAUGCACCAAACUCAUCACGGCGCUCGCGGUCCUCCAAUUGGUGGAACAGGGCAAGGUCGCCAUGGACGAUCUUGUGGAGCAAUACGUCCCCCGGAUAUCCAAGAUGCAGGUUCUCGAAUCCAUCAAGCCAGGGCCGGACGGCAAGCUCGACCCCGUCCUGCGGGCGCCCAAGACAAAGCCGACGGUCCUACACCUCUUCACUCACACGCUAGGCUCCGGGUACGACUUUUUCGACCAUUCCACUCUGGCGUGGCGCGUAUAUACUGGCCGUCAACCCAUGGGCUACUCCGGCGUGGGGGACUGGGAGGACUUCGAAACGCCUUUUGUAUAUGAACCCGGGACCAAAUAUAUCUACGGCGUCGGCAUCGACUGGCUGGGAUGGAUCAUCGAGGCGGUCUCUGGCGAGUCUCUCCCCGACUACCUGGUCAACCAUGUCUGCAAACCACUCGGCAUGAAUGAAACGGGUGCGAAGCUCACGCCGGGCAAGAAAAACACGGUCGUCGUCCACUUCGACGUCGAGGGCCAGGGCCUCGUGGGAAACAAGGGUUUCUACAUGAACGAAUCCCCCCAGGUGUGGGGCGGCGGCGGAUUCCUCUACAGCACCAUGAACGACUACGCGAAAUUACUGGUGUCACUGCUGAACCACGGCACGUCGCCCACGACGGGAAACCAGAUCCUCAAGCCUGAGACGGUCAAGAACUAUGUCUUCAGAGAUCUGCUCGGGCCCGAAGUCGAUCGUUCUAUGCUCGGCGAGAUCACCACAGCUAUCCCCAUAGCGACCCUCGAGGGGACCUUUCUUCCGUCCAUGCCCAUGGAGAAGAAAGGCUGGUCGGCCGGUUUCCUCCUCAACCACGAGGACUUGCCGUACGGGCGGAAGGCCGGCAGCGGUGCGUGGGCCGGGCUGGGCAACCUGUUCUACUGGGUCGAUCCGACGACGGGCAUCGCCGGCAUGACUGGCACGUGUCUCUUGCCCUUCUUGUAUCCGACCAUCAUGGGGUUGUCGGACGAGGUGGAACGGGUUGCCUAUGGGCAUAACGUUGCCGGCGAGGGCGGCGUCGAGGACGACAAGAGGAAUUACAUGGCCAAGAAGAAGAUGGACUCGGCGGCCGCGAGUUAG